UCCUCCCCUCCUUUUCACUGUCAGAUUACUAAAAAAUUGGUCCCUCCAUUUCCCCCUCCUCUGUUUAUGAAGAAGAAAGCCCCCUCCUUUUUUUUUACAUUCCCCACGUUCCCAUUACAAACUCCUUCGGAGACAACAUUAAACUCCAUACUUCUCACUGGAAAAAAAGUGUGGGGGAAAAAAAGGUUCCAUGAAGAAAUCUAAGAUAACAGGUGACAUUGUAGUGAUGGAAGUUUCUCGUCAGCCGACAAUGGGGACACGCACCAGAGCUGCCAAGACUCUAGCUUUGCAAAGGCUUUCGAAAACAGCUCCUUCUGGUUCGCCGGCACAUGGUGUUGGUUUGAACCCGGAUGUCUCUUCGUUUUCUUAUCUUCAGUUGAGGAGUCGUAGGCUGGAGAAGACGGCUUCCCCUGUUUCGAAUAAGACGAAACAGAGACAAGAGGGGAAGGAAAGUGGUUUCGGGGAAGGGGAGAGGAAGAAGGAGAGUGAAGGGUGUUUUGGGAACAGUGAAAUUGUUGUUGGGGUGGGGAAUUGUUGUGGAACAACAGAGGAGACUUGUUUUAGAGAACACAGAGACAGGAGCACUAGGGAAAGCUCAUCAUGUAGUUUGCUAAAUGACUUCGAGACCGUUGCAGCUCCGGGUUCGACCACUAAACCAAGAAGCUCCCUUUCAACUCACCGAAAAGGGCCGGGGAACAAUGCGCAGACAUUCAUCCCGACGGCACAGGAAGUGGAGGAGUUUUUCGUCUGUACAGAACAGCAACAGCAGCGGCAAUUCAUCGAGAAGUAUAACUUUGAUAUUGCGAAUGAUUUGCCCCUUCCCGGGCGUUACGAAUGGGUGAAAAUAAUCCAGUAAGCCGAGACCCCCAUUGAUGUAAGGAUUGAUUGAGCCUUGACUAAGAUGUAUAAUUUAAAGAUCUGCAACAUAACAGAGCUGACGAGUUACACUAGCCACAAAAUUAUAAACCUCAAAUCUAAUGUUCAAAGAGAAAGAAAAAAAGAUUAGUCAGCUAGUAAUUUGCUGCUCUUUUUCAUUAUUGUAACUGGUUUAGGAGUACAUUAAUGAUCAAUGUCUCUGGGUUUUCGUUUUCCUGUUCUUUUUUCCCAUCCCAUGUAGUUUUCCUUCACUUUUGUUUAUAUUCUUGUUGGAAUGGGCGUGGAUGAUCUCUGGAAAUAAAUGCUAGUCAUUAGU